CGCGCGCAGCCACACGGCGCAAGAACCGCGCGCGGCGCAGCGUAGCGUCCUGCGGAGGAGCCGCGACUGCGACGCAUCUGGGCGCAGCUGGGCGCAGCUGGAGCCUGGGGCGGAAACUUGGGGGUUUAAAGAAAGAAGGCAAAAAAAGAAAAAAAAAAAAAAAAAAAAGAAAGCAAAAUCAUGGCAACGUCGGAGGAGCAGAUGCGCGCCGGGAACGUGAUCACCCCCGAGGUGCUCAAGCAGCUCCUGCAGGUGCACAACCUGUCUCGGCAGGACUUCAUCGAGACGUACAGCGUGCAGCCGCUCGUCUACAUCCCCGAGCUGCCCGCGGGGGCCAAGACCACCUUCGUGGUCAUGUAUGCCAUCAUCUUCGUGCUGGCGCUGGUGGGCAACAGCCUCGUGGUGUACAUCGUGCUGAGGAAGCGCGCCGUGCAGACGGCCACCAACAUCUUCAUCUGCUCGCUGGCCGUGAGCGACCUGCUCAUCACCUUCUUCUGCAUCCCCUUCACGCUGCUGCAGAACAUCUCCUCCGAGUGGCUGGGCGGUGUCUUGGUGUGUAAGACUGUCCCCUUUGUGCAGACAAUGGCCAUAGUGACGUGCAUUCUCACCAUGACCUGCAUCGCUGUGGAGAGGUACCAGGGCAUCGUGUAUCCCCUAAAGAUGAAGAGGCAGUACACGCCGCAAAGAGCUUACAAAAUGUUGGGAUUCGUCUGGGCUGCGGCUGUGAUCGUCGGGUCCCCGAUGCUGUUUGUGCAGCAGCUAGAGGUGAAGUACGACUUCCUGUACGACCGCCACCACGUCUGCUGCCAAGAGUGCUGGCAGUCGCUCGCCCAUCGCCAGGUGUACGCCACCUUCAUCCUCGUGGCCCUCUUCCUCCUGCCUCUGGCAGCUAUGCUCAUCCUCUACACCAGGAUCGGAAUCGAGCUGUGGAUUCGCAAGCGGGUUGGCGACUCCUCCGUCUUGAACGCCAUGAACCAUCGAGAAAUAAGUAAGAUCUCAAGAAAGAAGAAGAGGGCUGUUAAAAUGAUGAUCACCAUUGUGUUGCUCUUCACAGUCUGCUGGGCUCCUUUUCAUAUUGUUCACAUGCUCUUUGAAUACAAUGACCUGGAGAAGAAUUACGACGAGGUCACCGUGAACACGAUCAUCGCCAUCGUGCAGGCCAUCGGGUUCUUCAACUCCUUCAACAACCCCGUGGUGUACGCCUUCAUGAACGAGAACUUCAAGAAGCACUGCAUGUCGGCCCUCUCCUGUUGCCUCGUGCAGGCCAGGCGUCCGGCUCAGGAGGGGCCCAAGAUGAGCGUGCACUUCGCCAAGCGGGACGCCUUCCUGGACGACCCGCCCAAACCCUGCACCAAGCCUCACGGGUCCCAGCACCCGGCCUUGGGAACGCUGCGCCCCGACACCUCCAUGGUGUUUGUGGAGGAGAAAAUAUCCACCGUCCAUUCGGAGCUCCCUGCAAGCAGCUAUUCCUCAUCGCAAUAAAUAUGUGGCAUUUUGUCCAAGAAUUUAUUUUCCUAACAUUGAAAAAGGAAAGCGCUGCACUGCGCGGAAAUGAAAACCAGUGCUGUCCGAUGUUAUGUAAAAAUAUAACAUUAGCGAUGUAUAAUAUUUAAGUUAUUCGAUGCUGCGAAGGACAUUGCUUGUACUACUACUUAUGUCGAGUGAAGCUGUCGAUAUUCACAGAGGCUAAGCAUGUUGACCAUGCAUCCGAUAAAUACGAUACUACAGUAUUUUCUAAAAAUAUUUUGCUACUAUGUAUUUUGCUCCACAAUUAAUAGUGUUUGUGGUAGGAAUAGUUGUGUUGCAAAAAUAAGUUGUAUUGUGAUGAUUCCAUGCAUUAGCAUAUUCAUAAUGUCAUUGUUAUGGAUAUCAAAUACGAAAAAAGGCUUAUUACGAACCGAGGAAGAGGAGCUGCUCAAGUUCAGACAGCGAACAAUUACUGCAGACCGUAGAGCGGAGUAAGUUUACGGCUCAAACAUUACUGCGCAGUAAAUGUAAGACAGGAAGAAACGAGUGUACUUGUGCUGCAGUCUGAGAUCUUUCGGCCAGUCGUAGGACGUUGAAGCUCAAGGGUGCAGUUCACUUUGAGACAGAGGGGUGUCCACGAGGGCAACUUUUGAAAUGCAAACUCAGGUAUGUUGAUCUGAUGAAGUCUUCAGCCAACAGGUCGCUAAAGUCAUAUAUUCAUCACCUGUCGAAAGUUUGAGAACGUUGCUGGAAACAAAUCGUUGUCAUAAUUGACAGCAUUUUAAGAGCUGUCCUUCAUUUUCCUUCCUCAGACAGUUUUUGAACUUUAAGGUGUCUUUCAGGUUGGUAUCAAUCCUGACGGAACAGCAUGACUCCGGUACAUGCUUGAGGCCACAACUGACUUAGUGAAGACCGCCAACUCUAUGAACAGCAUAGCAACCUGAAACCAUGACACUUGUCUCCUCCAUGCUGGACAGCAGGAGACCCACAAUCAGAGCUCAUGCAUUCACUCUUUCUGCAUCCUGAAAAUACUCAGUAGUGGUACUCAGAUUUUUCAAAUUGACUAUGACUGGUCCAUGGACUGAGUUUCACUCCUCAACUAUCCAGUUUUUGGGGUUUUUUUGGCCCAGGAAAGUGUGGCUUCAAGGAAGCGUGUUCAGAAUUUUGACUGGUACUUCAUAAAAACACAGAAGAGAAAAAGACAGGCGACCCACAGACAUAGUGAGUCAUGGAAGCAGAAUAAGGACAUGUUGGAGAAGCUGUCGUUGAUAAUGAAUAACUGCAUUAAUGAAGGAAGGAGAGUUUUUCCUAUAGGGCUUUCUAGAAACAUGGAAAAUCCUGGUGAGGAUCCAGACUUUCCUGCAAAAGGUUAUCAGGCAAAUCGAUGCAGGAGAACAAAACAACAGACCUACACAGCAUUCCCAAGAGACUGGUAGGAGAACUGACAAAGAUCAAUUUCUUUUCACCACGAAGAACACUUUCACCACCAUUAUUUAUUUGCUUAGUAAGUUCAAAGUGACUUGCUUAACAUACAAUUUCACCCAAUUAUACAGCUGCACGCACCCCAAAGGAACGCGUUUCAAGCACCGCUCUACGGUUCUACCGCCACUCUUCCCCCCUGCUGGGAUAAGAACUAGCAACAUCUUGGUUGCAAAGCUCUUUUCUUUAGUACUCCGCCAGCUGCCGCCUCAUCAAAAGACUCCACUUUUUGGAACUCGGAUUACGUGCGAGACACAAAGGCCAAAACGGUGAGCUGCUACUCUUCUAUCUCGAAACACUGCAAAGCCUCUCAUGGGACUUUCCAAAUCUCAAAAAGUCUGGGAACUACAGCACAGAAUGUCUGAUUUAAGUCAGUCACAAAGUAAUGAGUAGGCCAACUCAGCAUAAAAAAACUGGAAGAUAUCAUCUAAAAAUAAGUAAAGAGGAGAAAAGGCUACCUGUUUGCAGUGUGGGAGCUUGAGGAUCCCUCAUGGUAAAGACUGAGUGCAGUCUCAGCUGGGGAUGUGAGGUCAAGAAGACUGACAAGCGGUGACUAAAAAACACCAAAAUUACAUAAAAGAAAAACGAGGAGCACUAUGAAUGAAAUUGCUCUCAUUUAACAAGAUUCAGCACACAGUCCAUUAUCAGAACGGAACAUGUAGUAAAAGCAAAAUUCGUCCAAGAGUCCAUUAAGCCUCGACAGCUGAUGGCACCAGUUGAGCCAAAAGAUGAAAGAAACAGCUGGACAUGGUUAGUGUCCUAGACACCGACGGGACACAAAUAAGGACAGAGCACAUACUUGAAAAAAUUGGUAGAGUUGGGAUAAAAAAAAAAAUGUGUAGGGGGGAAAAAAAUAUGACAAGACUGAUGUUGCACAGAGUAUUGCGGUUGUGCGAAACAAAUCCUAUCCGAGUUUGCAGCUCCGGCGGCCUGUCAGAGUGGAGAAUGCAUCCUGACGUGCUGAAAUCUGCCAAGUUAAGACUAAAGCAAAGACAGGCCUCACGUUAAUGACCACCACAACAUAUCACAAACCGUCACCAUUCUGACAUGCCCUCCAAACCGGUUCCCUUGAUACCAUCACGGAGAACGUACCGUUCAAUCACAAAACACUGCUACGCUGCACAUUUCGGCAGAU